AUGAAGUUGAAUGUGUUCUUGUGGGUCGUGGUUCUUCUCGGUUCCUUCCUCCCUCGCUGUGCUGACAGCCGACCCUCCAUCGGUUCCUCCGGCUGCCUCCUUGGACCGCUGCUCCUCCUGGGGGAGAAGUUCUCCCUGCGGCUGGGCGAAGGAGGAGCAGCUCCGAGGUUCCUUCCUUCGGCAGAGAACCGGGUUCUGCUGGAGGCAGAGCAGAAGGUGAGGAGGUCCGAGGAGCCGCCCAUCUCUCUGGACCUGACGUUCCACCUGCUGCGGGAGGUUCUGGAGAUGGCCCGGGCCGAGCAGAUAGCCCAGCAGGCAGACAGCAACCGGAGGAUGAUGGACACCUUCGGAAGGAGACGGAACGUUCUCUAG